GUUAUAACCCAAAGAUCAAAAACCUUUCAAAAAACUCAAAUCUGCUACGGCGGCGUCGUCGUUCUAAACCACGUUUUCACUGAGAUCCGGCAAAUUCCCAGUUACCCCUUUUUUGUGUGUGUCGUGAUCUUCAUCUUCGAGCAUCGAGCCCAGUUCUCUCUUCACUCUGAAAUCAAUUCAAUCAAUCAUAAAGCAAAAAAAAAAAAAAAAUGGAAAAAGUGAAGAAGAAAAUAGGAUCGUUUUCGUUUUGGAAUUGGGUGAUAGCUUCGAUCAUCUUCAGAUUGAUUCUAAUUUACUUCCCCAAAAACCUCAAUCUAUCUUCUCGUCCCGAAGUUUCCACUCCGCUCACCAGCUUCCGCCGCCUGGCUGAAGGUUACUGGUUAAAGCAGUCGUCUAUGUCUUCUUAUGCAGGAUCUAUGUACCAUGGUUCACCUUUGUUAUUGUCUCUUCUUGGUCCUCUCACCGUUAAGAGAAUUGAAGGACAGCCAAAUCAUCUUUUGUACAGUUUGGUUUCUGUGAUUGCAGAUGUUGUUAGUGCAAUGCUUAUUCGUGCUACAGGGCAAAAUCUUCGGCUCGCUUAUCUUCGUAGUUUGGAAUCAUUAGACCUUGUUAAACAAAUAGAUGUUUCAGAGUUCCUCUGUUCGGGAGAUAUUGCCGCUCUUAUCUACUUAUGUAAUCCUUUCACGAUAGUUGCAUGUGUGGGCUUGUCGACAUCACCAAUUGAAAAUAUGGCUGUUAUUCUGUGCCUUUAUGGAGCAUGCUCACGACUUAUUCCCUUGGCGGCUUUUGGGUGGGUCAUUGCAACUCAUUUGUCUCUUUAUCCUGCUAUUCUGAUAAUUCCGGUGAUCUUUUUAUUAGGAUGUGGUCCAGAUUCUCCUCCUAGGAAAUUGUUUCUGCAAAGGCACCAACAAAAAGAAGUGUUGAAUCAGUCGAAGCUCCCUCCUGGUUUCUCAUGGAGACCAAUCAUUCAUUUUGCAUUUUGGGCUUUUCUGUGGUCAGUCUAUGUGUUGGUUCUGUGUGGCAUUUCUUUGAAACAGUUUGGUGGUCUAUGGGAGAUGUUUAAAAGUACAUAUGGAUUCAUCCUCACCGUGGAAGAUUUGUCUCCAAAUAUCGGUGUCUUAUGGUACUUCUUUGCCGAAGUUUUUGAAUUUUUCAGGAACUUCUUUUUGAUAGUUUUCCAUGUCAAUAUUUUAUUUAUGAUAUUGCCAUUAGCCAUUCGGCUUCGACACCGGCCCUGCUACUUGGCUUUUGUAUACGUUGCCAUAUGUUCCAUGCUCAAGUCCUAUCCAUCAGUUGGAGAUUCAGCACUGUACUUGGGUUUGUUGGGUUGGUUUGUUAACGAAUUAGCAGAUAUGCAAUUCUCUCUCUUCCUCUUCUGUGGAUAUGUCGGGGUUUCUCUUCUUAGCCCUGUCAUGCACAACCUAUGGAUAUGGAGGGGCACAGGCAAUGCAAACUUCUACUUCACGACAGCUAUGGUUUAUGCUUGCUUGCAGAUUGUCUUAGUAGUUGAGGGUGUAAGCGCCAUGUUAAACCACGACAGAAAGUUGAGAAUCCUAAUAACCGGCAAGCCCCAAGAUGCCAAAUCUUGAUUUCUUUUCAUGCACCAUACCUAUCUCCGGUUUCUUCAGCUUAUUAUUUUGGCACUACGACUACUACGAAGAUGAUGAUCCUUCCCCGGCAGGUUUGUGCCCACCACCAUAUCUUUGCUCUCAGCAUUGUUGUAUUGUAUCAAGAUCAUUGCUUACCAUCACCGUCACUAGAGUUUGUCGGAAAAUGAUCAUUCAUUCCUGUUUGUUUCAGUACAUCUGUUAGAUGAUGAAUGGUUGUUGAUAACCUAAAAAAGUACUGAAUUUUUUCCAUCACCCAUUAAAGGUGUCAAAAUUUCCUUCAAAUUGUGUUGUUAAAACCUUCAAACUUUUCAAUAGAGAGUAGAGGCUUUUUUUCCA